UGGCCCCUAACAAUGGAGAAUCGUCUAAUUACUACGGAUGAUAGGCCUCCCGAGUGUAAAGAGGUCUACGGGUUUUUAAAAGAAAAAGAUGACAGCGAGGAACCGCGAGACACUCGUUAUCUAUGCUUGUGUAAUACAACAGAUGAAGGAAAUCCAUAUCUACCAGCAAAUGGGUGCAAAAAAAGUGAAGAAUGUAAACAAUGUGAGCACAGCGGGGGUCUUUGUGGAAGCCGGUUAGGCUCCUAUGAUGACGAUAGCUCGGAAUCGUCCAUGAAACUAUAUUGUGACUACAGCCACAAAGCAUCAUUAGGUGUUAUUCUAGGUGUUAGCCUAAGCAUUGGGUUGCUUAUCCUGGUUGUGUUUAGUUAUUCACUGAACAACAUAAUCAGGAAAACAAUAGACAAGAGGCGCAAAAAGAAGUUUUUUAAACGCAAUGGUGGGCUACUUCUCAAACAUCAACAAGCAACAGAUAAUGGCUUAGUUGAUAAAACCAUACUUUUCACAUCCAAAGAGUUGGACAGAGCCACUGACCAUUUUAACGAGAACAGAAUUCUUGGUCGUGGAGGUCAAGGCACAGUAUACAAAGGCAUGUUAACAGAUGGAAGAAUUGUUGCAAUCAAGAAAUCAAAGGCGGUUGACGAAAGCCAAAUAGAGCAGUUCAUCAAUGAGAUUGUCAUACUUUCUCAAGUUAACCACAGGAAUGUGGUUAAACUAUUGGGAUGUUGUUUAGAGACAGAGGUCCCACUGCUCGUUUCUGAGUUCAUUUCGAAUGACACCUUGUAUGAACUUAUUCAAGAUGAGAGCUGUGAGUUCCCAAUGUCUUUGAACAAAAGAAUACAAAUCGCGGCUGAGGUUGCUGGAGCACUUGCUUACUUGCACUCGGCAACUUCGGUUCCAAUAUAUCAUAGGGACAUCAAGACAACGAAUAUACUUAUGGACAAAAAGUACAGAGCCAAAGUUUCUGACUUUGGAACUUCAAGGGUCGUAUCAAUAGAUCAAACUCACUUAACUACCAAAGUAAAAGGGACAUUUGGUUACUUGGAUCCAGAGUACUUUCAGUCUAGUCAGUUCACCGAAAAGAGUGAUGUCUAUAGUUUCGGGGUUGUUUUACUUGAACUCUUAACAAAAGAAAAGCCAAUUUCAUUGGCUAGAUUUGGUGAAUUUAGAAAUUUAGCUACGCAUUUCAUUUUUGCUAUGGAAGAAGGUCGUGUGAUGUCUUUAUUUGACCCAGUGGUUGUCAACGAGGGUUCAAGCGACGAGCUUUUGGCAAUAGCUAACUUGGUAGUUCGAUGUUUGAAUCCUAAUGGAAAAAAUAGGCCAACAAUGAAAGAAGUAGCCUCGGAGUUAGAAAGCAUGAGAAUGCGGUGGUGUAUGGCGUCUACAGUUCAAACUAGUAUUGAACUCACAGAUUACAGUGAGGAGCUACCGCUAUUUACAUAUGAUAAGUCGGCAUCAACAAUGAGUUUCAAAGACAGCAUUACUGAAAUCUGAAUGAUUGUUCGAACUAUAAGGUAAUGUUUGACCAAGCCUUGAUUUCUUCCAUUGUUCUGUUUUAAUAAA